GGUUCAGCUUGUUGAUAAGCUAACUGGCUACAUGCUAGCUGCAGCUGCUCAUCUGUUCGUGGACAUUAAUUAACCGGAGAGCAGAAUGAGUUGAAGAGGAGUUUACCGGCAGCGGGACGGUUCAUGUCGCCAGUAAACGUCGCGUUUUAACGAUUUUAUGGAGGGAAAAAAUGCAGCAGUUUGUGGUUGUUCUAAAGUUGGCUAAUCAGCGAUGCUGCCGACUGACUGACAGAGAAACCAGCUGAUUGUCCUCCUGCAGCAUCCAAUAUGAAUCCUGUCUGAGGGACCAGAAUGGACAAACUGAGCCGAGUGUGUCGACCUCAGAGGAUCAGCGAAUCCUCAAAAGUCUUCCGCUGGGUGGAUCAGGCUUCAGAGCUGCUUCAGGGCCUCGACCAGCAGCGACUGCAGGGUUCCUUCUGCGAUGUGGUUCUGGUGGCCGACGAUCAGAGGGUUCCGGCCCACCGAGCCCUGCUGGCCGUCUACAGCCAGUAUUUCCACGCCAUGUUCACCCUGGGGAUGAGGGAGGAGCACCAGCAGGAGGUGGAGCUGGUGGGGAUGUCCUACAUCGGUCUGAAGGCUGUGGUGGACUUCCUGUACAGCGGAGAGCUGCAGCUGGACGGAGGAAACAUCGACCAUGUUCUGGAAGCUGCACACCUGCUGCAGGUGUGGCGGGUGGUGGAUUUCUGCUGCCAGUACCUGGAGAAGGAGGUGAGUGAGGAUAACUACCUCUACCUGCAGGAGCUGGCUCUGCUCUACAGUCUGGAGCGACUCGACGCCUUCAUCGACCGCUUCAUCCUCGGUCGCUUCGCCACGCUCUCCUUCACCCCCGAUUUCCUUCGAGACAUUCCUCUGCGCAAACUCACCUGCUACCUCUCCAGUGGACAGGUUCAACACGACAGCGAGCAGGCCCUCCUCCAGGCCGCCCUCCAGUGGCUCAGCCAGACGCCCGACCGGACCGCCCAUGCCCGCCAGCUGCUCUCAAGCAUCCACUUCCCCCUGAUGCCGGUGGGCGACCUGGUGGGCCGGGUUCUGCCGGCGGUGAGGGCCCUGCUGCCGGAGGAGGCUGGCUGUGAGGCGCUGGUGGAGGAGGCGCUGGGAUACCACCGACGACUCACCGCUCAACCGCUACUACAGACCGGACGGACCACACUGAGGGGGGGAGUGGAACGACUGCUGCUGAUUGGAGGAGAGGCGUCAGAGUGGGGGGAGGAGCUGAGCGCCAACGUUUGCCGGCUGGACGAUGAAACAGGAAGUUGGGUGGUGGAGACGGAGCUGCCAGCCCGGCGGAGCCACCACUGUCUGGCGGUUCUGGGUGGCUUCAUCUUUGCUGCUGGCGGAAGUUCGUCCAGAGACAACGGUGGAGACGCUGCCUGUAACCUGCUGUACAGAUACGACCCCCGACACAACCAGUGGACCAGGGGAGCUCCAAUGAACCAGAGGCGGGUGGACUUCUACCUGGGGGCAGUGGGAGAAUGUCUGAUUGCUGUAGGAGGGAGGAACGACACCGGAGCUUUGUCCUCUGUGGAGGUUUACCAUCCUGCUGAGGACUGCUGGUCCUACGUGGCCGGACUGCCCAGGUUCACUUAUGGCCACGCUGGGACGGUCCACCGCGGCGUCGUCUACAUCUCCGGCGGUCACGACUAUCAGAUCGGCCCGUACCGCCGAGACGUCCUGAGCUACGACCCUUCGAGGGACGGCGACGUGUGGACGGAGCGCCAGGCCAUGUCUCUGGCCCGCGGCUGGCACUGCAUGGCCUCGCUCAACCACCUGAUCUACGCCAUCGGAGGCAGCGACGACCACGAGGACACCACCGAGCGCUUCGACAUCCUGCAGGUGGAGUCCUACGAUCCCCGCGGCGGCCAGUGGACUCAGGUUUCACCGCUGCUGCUGCCCAACAGCGAGGCGGGCCUGGCCGUGUGGGCGGGACGCAUCUACGUGCUGGGAGGCUACAGCUGGGAGAAAAUGGCGUUCUCCAGUAGCACGCAGGUGUUCGACCCGGACAAAGGCUCCUGGACCAAAGGGCCCGACCUGCCCAAACGCAUCGCCGGGGCCUCCGCCUGCGUCUGCACCGUGAAGCCUUUACCGACCGCAGCCUCGCCAGAGAAGAAGAAAGCUGGUAGAGGCGUGAAAGGAAGGUCACAUCCAACGUAAGAGAAAAGAGAGAGAAACACACUCCUGAUACCUUUAACAGUGUUUUUUUUAAACGUCCGUUCCACAACUAUCCUCACAGCAAGAGGCAGAGCAGCUACAAUAAUCUCCGAAUUAAGCAGUUUUACUGUGUAAAAUACCAGAUACACGUGUGUUUACAUGUUUGGUCAUUCGUCUCUGGUUUGCUUCAGCAUUCAGGCGCCUUUCUGUCUUUUUAAAGUCAAGAAAUUAGAGCUUGAUGCAGCUGAAACACUGUCGUUGCUGGGGAUGAAUCUACACAAUGCAGACCUGCAAGUAAACGGCAACAACAACUGACCAGUUCCAGUUUGGAGCAAACAAGAAAAAGAUCUAAACGUGCUACAGGGUCAUAGUUAAGCGGAUAAGACUGAAAUUUGGGGUCAAUAGUUCACUUUUUCAGGAAAGCACCAAAUUUGGUACAUAGUAUGUCACCAUACAAUUGAUUUAAGAGGAGAACCUCAAAAAUCUAAGCCCCCUGGUGGCCGCCAUCUUGAAUUCAAAUAUGGCCGCCUUGCUAAACCUAUUUAUGUAAUAUCUCCCUAAAUACGGCAGAUACAAAGUUACUUUCAAGAUCUACCCCCAUUGUUUAAGGGUCAGCGGAUUCAAUAAAGCCAUUUAUAACAGUGUUUUAUAUAUAACAGCCACCAGGGGGCUCAGAUUUUUGGGGUAAUCCUCUUAAAUCAAUUGUAUGGUCAUAUACUAUGUCUGUACCAAAUUUGGUGCUUUCCUGAAAAAGUGAACUAUCAUUUGACUUAUAAUAUUAAAUCACUGAAAAUGGAAUAAUUGUUACCUAUUUAAAGCAGAUAAACCAGGUCAAUGCUUUGUCUCCUGGACAGAAAAGAAGCAGCCGUGCACUUUGAGCAAGAUGCUGUUGUCCAGUCUUAGCUUAGAAACGGUGUCAAAGUACUAACCAGCUCCACAAAAACAUCGAUUCAUGUUCUAAACGACUCGCUAACCGGUGAGGAGGCUGAUCUUUUUUGUCUCGGAAUUUCAGCUUUAGCUUCACUAUUUCUGUAUCUAACCGGGUUUUUUGUUUCAAAAUCAAGUCUGAAAUGAUGAUAUUUAUACCAACCCAUGUUAGCUUUGUUAACAAACAAAACACCAGCAACAGAAAAAAAAGAAGUGUUCACUGCUUUCAGUUUAAAUCUGCUGUGAUUACCGGCUGCGUGUCGGAUCAUUAGCACUGCACACGGUUGAGUUCAUUGUUCCUCAUUUGUCAGAUAUUGAGCUGGCAGACAGAAAGGCCGUAGAAAUCCUCCUUUCAGAUUUAAGAAGAGUUAGACGAGCCGAUAUGAAGGAAAAAUGUGACCACAAAGACACAAAAUGACUGAGAACAGGUGCAAAAUUACUGUAAUGAAAGAUAUGACUGAAGCAACAAAAAAUGAUGCAAUCACAAAAAUGAAAAACAAAAUGACUGAGAUGAGACAAAAUGAGUAAAGUGAGAUGUAAAAUGACUAAACUGCAAAAAUGAGAGAGAAAACCCAACUAAAACGGGACACAAAAUGAUACGAGAUGCAAAACGACCGAAAUCAGACACAAAAUGACUGCAAAAAGAGGUGAAAUGAGAUAGGAAAGCAACAAAAAAUGAAACAAAAAUCACAAUAAUGUAAAACAAAAUGACUGAGAUGAGCAAAAUGAGACUAAAAUGAAACACAAAAUGACCAAAAUGAGAGAAAACCCUCGUAGAACGGGACACAAAAUGACCAAAAUCAGACACAAAAUGACCGAGGAGAGGUACAAAAUUACUGCAAAAAGAGAUGAAAUGACUGAAAUGAGACACAAAAAACAAAAAAUUGUAUUAAAAUGAGACAAAUCACAAAAAUGAAAACUGAAAUGAGACAAAAUGAGUAAAAUUAGACACAAGAUGACCAGAAUGAGAUGUAAAACGAAACAAAAAGAGAGAAAACCCUCGAAAACGAGACGCAGAAUGACCUGAAUGAAUGACAAAUCAUUUGUCAAACAUUCUCGGAGCAAAAUUAAAACUGCUGCAGCCAAUGAGAUCGCUCCCAGUCAGGCAUCAGAGCCUGAAGGAAGCAGCGUGAACCUCAACAUACAUUUAAAUGAUUAUUUAUUGUUUUGUAUGAUCCACACAGAGUGCAUGUAAUGAAGUUAAACAUUAAAUGUGCUCACUGCUGCUCAUUGUAAUAAAAUAUGACGUGCUUCUGAAGUUUGUUUGUACAUUUCCAUUAAUAAAAUGUCUAAAACGUU